GAGAGGCUUUCAGCUGAAGGGGAGCAGGCCAGGCCAAGCGGGGCCCCUCCUGGGCUGGCCUCGGGGGGCCCUGCGCCCGGCCUCACGCCCGCCCCCCCCAGGCCCUUCUUCCUCUACGUGGCCUUCCACGACCCCCACCGCUGCGGACACUCCCAGCCCCAGUACGGGCCGUUCUGCGAGAAGUUCGGCAACGGGGAGAGCGGCAUGGGGCGCAUCCCAGACUGGACGCCCCAGCACUACGGCCCCCAGGACGUGCAGGUGCCGUACUUCGUCCCUGACACGCCGGCGGCCCGGGCCGACCUGGCUGCCCAGUACACCACCAUCGGCCGCAUGGACCAAGGUGGGCUGGGGCCGGGGCCUGUCCUGGGCAGGCCUGACGGCCAGGGUGGCCGUGUUCCCUCCGGGGCGGGCCCAGCUCUGGGCCCCGGGCUCUGCCUUGCGUGGCCCGGGGCAGAGGCCUGGGCGGAAGGUGGCCCCUGGCCGGCAGAGCGUGGGCCACCCCUGCCGUGCCCCCCGACUGCCCCUGCGCCCCCACAAGUGUGGGCCCCCGUCCCCCUGAGC